AUGGCACAAUUCUCCUACUCCAAUAUUGUGGCUAUCUAUCUCGCUGCCACAUUUCUCUAUAUCUCAUACAAGUACGGUCCAAUUGUACGCAUCACACCCAACGAAGUUGCCGUCAACGAUCCGGCCAGUUUCAAGGACAUCCACAAGAUCGGCUCUGGCUUCAACAAGACCCCUUGGUAUGAGUACCUUAGCACUAGCGGACCUGGCAAAUCUCCUGGUGUCUUCCAGAUGACCAACCCCAAAGAUCAUGCUGCUAGAAGGAAGUUUUUGGCCAAAGGCUUCAGUCAGCGACACCUUCGUGAGCAAUGGGAAGACGUUGUUCGUGGGAGGGUCGAUCUAGCUGUCGCUCGUAUCAAGGCUGAUGCUACCUCUGGAACAGCCGAUAUCCUCAAGUGGUGGACUUAUCUCGCUACAGAUGUCUCUGCUCACCUGAUGUUUGGUGAAUCUUUCCACAUGCUCGAAAGCGGUGAAAGAGUGCCAUACAUCGUGGCUUUGGAGACAGCCUCGAUAUGCUCUGCGAUCAGCUGGGAGCUGCCUUUGGUGUAUUGGAUCGGUCGCAGGUUGCCCUUCGCCGCCAUGCGAGACAUAUUCUACGCCAAUGAAGUUUUGCUCAAACAAGGCCGUCUAGCAGUCAAGAACAGCAAAGCCCAAGAUUUCGGCACCUCAAACAUCUUCGCUACUGCCAUCAGUGAGACGGAAAAGGGCGAUGGAACUCUGACAGAUGAAGACAUUCAGGCAGAAGCCGGCAACCUGAUUGUCGCCGGCUCGGAUACUACAGGCAUUACACUGACGUAUCUUACCUGGUGUGUCCUCAAGCAACCCGUACUACAGAAAGCCCUCGAGGAAGAAGUCAGCUCGGCCGAUGUUCCGCUCACCGAUGCAUCCUUAGAGCAACUACCAAUCCUCAACGCCGUAAUCGAAGAAACACUUCGCCUCUACGGCGCCGCACCAGCAACCCUCCCUCGCCUGACCCCCAAAGGCGGCGCAACCAUCGCCAACCACUACAUCCCCGCCGGCACAAUUGUAGGCACUCAAUCCUACUCUCUCCACCGCAAUCCCCACCUCUUCCCCAACCCAGACAAAUUCGACCACACACGUUGGCUAUCUCCAAAGGAACUCUCGCCUUUGGCCAAAGCGGUGUUUUCGCCAUUUGGUGCUGGGUCGAGAGUUUGUAUUGGUUUGCACCUCGCACGCAUGGAGUUGAGAUUGGGAGCUGCGACGUUUUUCCGUGAGUGCAAGGGUGCGAGGUUGGCGGCUUCGACGACGGAUGAGAGUAUGAGGCCUAUCAAUCACUUUCUCAUUUCGCCGAAAGCACACAAGUGCGAGAUUGUGUUGUAA